AUGACUGAUGGACCUCCAAGUGCAGUGCCUAACACCAAAGAGUUCUACCAAGCCCUGGAUUUAUUCUCACCUAUUCUCUACACACAACAGGCAUACUCAAUGGGGCUGGUGGCCUGGGACUAUCACGUGGGCCACUUCAUCUCUCAAGACAAGAACAAAGACUCAGAACCAGGGUUUGAGUGGAGCAGGGGCAAAGCCAAUAGUCCCGGCAUCGACAUUCAACGGCGCUACGACAGCCCGGCGCUGGCCCUGGGCCCCAGGAGCAGCAGCGAAGGAGCCUUCUGCAGCCCGUACUCCCAGCCGCUCCGGGCUCCGAGGAGGGGCGGGCAGAACUGCUUCCGCCUCCAUCCUUUCCUAGGCUACACCCCGCCUCACCUAGCCAGGCUAGGCCCCACCCCUCUCACCUGGCCGGGCUGGGCUGCGCAGCAGCCACACCAGCAGCAGCUGGUAGAGCUCGGCGGCGCAGGACAGGUGCCAGCCAGUCCGGUCCAGCCCGCGCCCAGUCUGGGGCCCUUCCAGGGAAGAGGGAUGAGUUUUAUGGACGAGCCUCGACCCCCAAGAAAGCCUGCGGCGCUACCGACGGUGUCACCUGUUGUUGAACUGAAUGUGGGUGGUGAGCUGUACACCACCACUGUGGGCACCCUGAAAAAAUUCCCAGGCUCCAAGCUGGCAGGAAUGUUCAACACGACCAAGCCUCCUCAGCGUGAUUCCCAAGGCAGAAUCUUCAUUGAUCGACCAGGCACCCAUUUUCGACCCAUCCUAGAAUAUCUCCGCAGUGGACAGCUGCCUACAGAGAGCAUCCCAGAGGUAUAUAGAGAAGCCCAGUUCUAUGAGAUUCAACCCCUGGUCAAGCUCCUAGAGGAAACACCCCAGAUCUUUGGUGAGCAGGUAGCCAGGAAACAGUUCUUGCUCCGAGUACCAGGAUACAAUGAGAACCUUGAGCUCAUGAUCCGGAUUGCCAGAGCAGAGGCUGUGGCAGCUCGAUGUUCUGGUGUAGUGGUAUGUGCAGUGCGAACUGAAGAGGAUGCCGCUCGCUGUCUUGAUGCCUUACAGAUUCUGGAGACAGACAAGAGAUCGGUGGUCAAGUUUGGGCCCUGGAAGGCAUCGCCAGCCAUCACCGACCUGUUGGAUUGUGUCAAAAUGGACAUUGAAGCUCAGGGAUACUGUGUUUCUUACCAGCCCUAUGCAGCUGAGAAGGGAUUCCGAAUCAAGUCCUCUGAUUGCUUUUAUAAAUUCAUUUUCACCUGGUGGUAACCCCCGUCAGUGGUCUAAGGACUCAUACUUUUGGCUAGGGGUACGUGCUUAUAGAAAUUGUUAAAUCACUUAAGUGAAACAAAUUAAGAAAGUAAAAACUACAGCAUAAACAUUCAGAAUGUUUUCAUGACAAAGCAGAGAUAAUGUGGUUGGUAGUCAGCACUAGGCAAGAAGGAAAAGUAGGUGAGGAGGUCUCAGCCUUCUUCAAUUCUCUGUACUCUUUUCUCUCUAUAAAAAUAUGAGUAUGUAUAUGUGUAUAUGUAUACACAGACAUAUAUUCAUAUAUA